AUGCUUCAGAAAGGCGUAAUUCGGGAAAAUUAUCGACCACUCAAUAAAAUCACCACGAAAGACGAGUUCCCUAUUCCUAGGAUAGAUGAUCUACUUAGAGCUGUCAAAUGCUCACGCUACUUUAUCGCCCUAGAUUUACGAGCUGGAUACUGGCAGGUUACAAUGGGGGCGGAUGAUAUCCCAAAAACGGCGUUUCGAACCCCUUCUGGUUUGUAUGAAUUUACUGUGGUGCCGUUUGGACUCGUAAAUGCUCCGACAACUUUUCAAAGACUAGUAACUCAUGUCUUCGGCGAUUUAUUUUGGGAGGGCAUUCUCGUUUAUUUAGACGAUAUUCUCAUUCAUGCAUCUACACUUCCACAAAUUAUGGAGUUGCUGCAGGAGGUUUUCAAACGAUUACGUUUCGCUGGUCUAAAACUACGCCUUUCGAAAUGUACUUUCCUACCUUCACAAAUAGAAUAUUAA